AUGGCGACGGGGCAGAAGAAGAACAGGAAGAAGCGAGGACACGUCAGCGCCGGACACGGUCGUAUCGGAAAGCAUCGCAAGCAUCCAGGAGGUCGCGGUAACGCAGGAGGAAUGCACCACCACAGGAUCCUUUUCGACAAGUACCAUCCCGGUUACUUCGGUAAAGUCGGUAUGCGAUACUUCCACAAGCUUCGCAACAAGUUCCAUUGCCCGAUCGUCAACCUCGACAUGCUGUGGUCUCUUGUCCCUGAGGAGUUGAAGGCGAAAUCGACUAAAGAUAAGGUUCCGUUGAUCGACGUGACGCAGCACGGGUUCUUCAAGGUGUUGGGAAAAGGUCAUUUGCCUGAGAACAAGCCUUUUGUUGUGAAGGCGAAACUUAUCUCGAAGACUGCUGAGAAGAAGAUUAAGGAAGCAGGUGGUGCUGUUGUACUCACUGCUUAGGUUUAUCACAGAUUUAUCUUCUGGUUUUGUUUUUUAUUUUAUUUUUGAAUCUUCGCUAAAACUCAUCCUGUUUUGGAUUUUGGAACAUGGUUGUUAUGACAUUGAGAUGUGCAUGUUUUGAACAUCUUCGUAUUAAUACUUGCAUUUGAUUCGGACAAGUGUUAGAUAGGUCGUUAUAAUGCUUGGCUGGAUUGGGUUAGCUUUCAUGUUAGUUUGCUUAAUAAUUAUCGAUCACAUUUGUAACAUGAGAUUUGCCAAAAACAGGAAAAAAAGAACAUUAGAUAAUUAUGAACAGUUUCAUAGAGGAAUUAUCAACAUAAAUAACAAUUUGUAA